CUGUAAAGUAAUGAAGGUGAAUGUUUCGAACCCAGAACUAAAUAUCUGAUUAAAUAGUAUCUGCGAUUGUUCUGAAUAACUAGCGUCUAAAGAUUUAAAUCAACAUGUCUUCACUGCUUAAUUACAAUUUUGAGUUUGAUGUUCCACCAAUAUUCCACACCUUGCUGCUUGCAAUCAUGAUAAUGUGGAUGUUACACCGGUGGCAACAAUCUUCUAGGCUGUUUCGAUUGGGAAAUAAACUCCCUGGACCAAUGGCUUUACCUUUAGUGGGUAAUUCGCUACUGAUUUUAGGGAAAAAAGCUGAAGAUUUAGUAAAAUAUGCUCUGGAUUACUCUGAAAAAUAUGGAACUGUUGUGCGUGCCUGGGCUGGCCCAAAGCUCGUCGUGUUUCUAACAGACGCUAACGAUGUCGAAGUAAUUCUUAACAGUCAAAUUCACAUCGACAAGUCUCCCGAAUAUAGAUUUUUCAAACCAUGGCUUGGAGAAGGAUUACUUAUCAGUUCAGGUGAAAAGUGGCGUUCACAUCGAAAAAUGAUCGCUCCGACAUUCCAUAUAAAUAUUUUGAAAUCGUUCAUGGGAGUUUUCAAUGAGAACAGCAAGAGCGUUGUUAAAAAAUUACGUUCUGAAGUUGGAAAAACAUUUGACGUUCACGAUUACAUGAGCUGUGUGACAGUCGAUAUCCUACUAGAGACAGCAAUGGGAAUAACAAAAACGACGCAGGAUGCUGCGAGUUUUGACUAUGCUAUGGCCGUAAUGAAAAUGUGCAAUAUAAUUCAUCAGAGGCACUACAAAGUUUGGUUACGUUUUGAUGCCAUAUUCAAAUUGACUUCACUUUUCAAAAAACAGAGGGAGCUUUUGAAAACAAUUCAUGGUUUAACAAUUAAGGUUAUAAAAAAAAAGAAAUUCAUGUACCUACAAAACAAAGAAAAAGGUAUAAUUCCACCAACAAUAGAAGAACUGACUAAAAUAAAAGAUACAAAUGACAGCGUAAUGGAAGAUUCUGCUAAAACACUUUCCGAUACAGUUUUUAAGGGCUAUCGUGAUGAUUUGGAUUUUAAUGACGAACAAGAUGUUGGUGAAAAGAAGCGUCUCGCUUUCUUAGACUUGAUGAUUGAAUCUGCACAAAACCAGACAUGUAUUAUCAGCGACCACGAAAUCAAAGAGGAAGUUGACACUAUUAUGUUUGAGGGUCACGAUACGACGGCAGCUGGUUCCAGUUUCGUUUUAUGUCUUUUGGGCAUCCAUCAAGACGUUCAAGCGAGAGUUUAUGACGAGCUUUACCAGAUUUUUGGAGAUUCCGAUAGACCUGCAACAUUCGCCGACACCUUAGAAAUGAAAUAUUUGGAAAGAGUGAUUCUUGAAUCUUUGAGGCUGUAUCCACCAGUGCCUGUCAUUGCAAGGAAAUUAAAUCGUGAUGUUACUAUCUCUACCAAGAACUACGUGAUCCCAGCGGGUACAACUGUUGUCAUUGGAACGCUCAUGUUGCAUCGUCAACCGAAAUAUUACAAAGAUCCCGAAGUUUUCAACCCCGAUAAUUUCCUACCGGAAAACACUCAGAACAGACAUUAUUACAGCUAUAUACCAUUCAGCGCUGGACCUAGGAGUUGUGUUGGUCGCAAAUAUGCUUUACUUAAACUGAAAGUGCUGCUCUCAACAAUUCUUCGUAAUUAUAAAAUUACAUCCGAAAUAUCUGAAGAUCAAUUUGUACUUCAGGCAGACAUCAUUUUGAAGAGAUACGAUGGCUUCAAAAUUCGAAUUGAACCAAGGAAUAAAAAUCAUUCAAAUACUGUUUAAAUUUAAGAAUUAAA